GUGGGCUUCCCGCGAAAUUUCCAAGCCGUGGAUAAACAUGGAUGCUCAACAUAGUGAACCGCGUCAACAUGCCAAGAGGGAUCCACCGAGUGGCCGGAAGAGAACAAGACUUGCUUGCGACAGAUGCAGCACUCUGAGAGUUCGAUGUGAUGGUCAGCAGCCGUGUCGACGUUGCCAAGAAUACCAUCAAACAUGUCAUUAUACUCGAAACAUCGGCAGACGUGGUCGUAAGCCGAAAUCGACAAAUCGAGUACAAGAGUCACAGCACGAUCGAGAGUUCGACUCAUCAGAAGCUGAUUGUGAUCUGGAACAAAGCACGCCGCAUCCACAGCCGGAGCAGAGUGGAACUUAUGACGUCCAAGAAAGUCCCGAUCUCCCCACAAAUAACCAUUACUCAUCGAGCCACUCAUCACAUCAUGAUGCGGCAUCAUUAGAUAUACAAGCCGAUUCAAUAACGGCACCAACUUAUGAUCAGCUGUAUCAUGUACCUGACAACCAACCUUCCUAUCCUCUACCUGAUUUCGACCUCGCAGUUCAUAAUGGCACUGGCUCUGUUCACGAAUCACCUGCACGCGAACGAGCUUCAACUGUUACCCAAAGUUUGCCAUCUCAUGGAUGCCGUUACAAGUGCCUCGAGCCAGUAAUUCCUUUGCUCCACGGGAUCAUUGACGCGAGGCUUGUCUGCGAGUUAUUUGAGCUUUACUUUGUUGAGCCAGGCGGAUCUUUAUUUCGAUGUUCUUCUCCAUAUGUUCUAGCCCACAUCAUGCGAAAAGAAUCGCUUCUUCGAGACAACAACCCGCGAACGUGUACACCAGCGUUGCUGGUUACCAUGAUCUGGGUCAGUGCACAGACAGCUGAGAGCUCCUUGUUUCUGCUGCCAGGCCAGAAAGCGAUAGUUUGUGAAGAGCUGAGGAAGUUGAUGAUGGGUUUAAUUCAGGGCAGAGACCGUGACGUUUGGAACAGAACCACCAGUCAGUAUGUCCCCCCUUUUCACGAGCUCUGCCAACUCGAGCCACUAGGUGGUCCGCUUGUAAGAGAUCUUGAGUAUGCUGCCACGGCUGGAGCUCAAAAUCGGCCAAAUUACCAUGUUGAAUCUGUCCCUGCCGUCUCGCCACCAGUACCCCUGGUAGAUGAUGUCCUCAUGUUCAUCCUCGUCACCAUCGUCUCUUCGGGCGGCGACUUCAAAACAGAUUGCCUCCGAUGGUGGAACAAGGCACUACGUCUUUCUCAUAAUAUGGGAUUAAACAGAGAAGACUCGCCUGAGAAUAGCUUCACCCAAUCAGAAACAACUAUGUGCACCAGCCAAACAUCCUCGUGUGGGUGUCGGUCCUGUGAAGGUGCACGUACAGGGUUGACCGUAUUGGAAAUCCGAGAAGAGCGACGGAGAGCAUUUUGGCUGAUCUUUUGUCUCGAUCGUCACUUGGCUCUAUCGUUCAACGCACCACUCCGGAUCCUUGACGACGAGUGCCAAUUAUAUGCGCCGCUUUCGGAUGAGGCUUGGGCAGCCUUAUCAACAGGACGAUACCCUGUCGACGCAACAUUGGGUAGUAGCUCACAUUCAACGAUUUUCGGCGCUCCCACUCGUAUUUCAGGGAUUGGCUUCUUUGAAUACUUUCUUCCACUUAUGACGAUCCUUGGUGACGUUAUUCAACUGCAUCGACAAAAGCACCACCCACGAUUUGGCAAUGUUCGAAGAUCUCAAGAUAACAAUGGACAUGAGGAUGAGGAUGACCCGGCCACCGCAAUGAUAGAGCAAGUCAUGGCGCAGUGUGCACAAAGCAUAACUGAACUGGCCAGCGCGUACCAAGUCGAUGCGCUUGAUGGCUCAGCUAUACCAGCGAGUCAAGUGCGCACCCCGCAAUGUGCGAUAUCACCGCAACAGAGUCACGGCGACCAGUUUAGAACGUCGAAUUCCGCCAGCCACGCCUCAUCACACCGUCAACAUGCGCAGGCACAGCUUGUUGCGGCAUACAGUACAUUCAUACUGCAUGUUCUUCACGUCCUCCUCCAUGGGAAGUGGGACGCCGUCUCGAUGCUAGAUAAUAAAGAUGGCUGGAUACCAUCUGUAGGCUUCAUGAAGUGUGCAUCUCAUGCAAUAGCCGCGUCUGACGCUAUGUCACGGAUCCUGGCAUGUGAUCCAGAACUUUCUUUCAUGCCAUACCUAUUUGGCAUCUAUCUUUUGCAUGGCAGCUUUAUCUUGUUACUGUUUGCAGAUCGAAUGCCUCAGCUUGGAUUGAACGAAUCUGUCGAAAAGGCUUGUGAGAUUAUCAUACGAGCACACGAGGUUUGUGUUGUUACUUUGAGCACAGAGUUCCAGAAACGGUUCCGCAAAGUGCUUAGGUCGACGCUCUACAGCGUGAGGAGUCCGGAAACAUCUAACUUGGAGGAGAGUAAAGCUCGUCGCCGAGCGUUGUCUUUGUACAGAUGGAACGAAGGGGCAACUGGGCUGGCGCUAUAGCUGUUACUUAUCUUCUAAUACAAGUAAUUCAUAAAUCGAGGACUAGAAAUAGAGUCUUCACAACUGGCGUAAGGCGCAAAUCAAUUAUAACUAAGACA